AUGUUAAAGAUAAUAGCUUUUGCAGUUUGCCUUGCUGUGGUAGUUUCAGCUUACGAGGAUUAUCAUAGUUAUCCUAAGUACAAGUUCGAAUAUGGAGUCAAGGAUCAUCACACCCAUGAUCACAAGAGCCAGUGGGAACAUCGUGAUGGGGACCAUGUGAAGGGACAGUACACUCUGGAUGAAGCCGAUGGAACACAUCGUAUUGUCGAUUACACUUCAGAUCAUAAGGGCGGAUUCCAACCCCACGUCGAACGCAAGGGACAUGCUCAUCAUCCCCAUCACGGAGAAAGCUAUGCCAACAUUCACCAGCACUACUAA